UUGGACGACUCCUUGGUACAACUGGAGCCACAUCUGGAGCCAAACAGGAGCCACACCAGGAGCCACAUCAGGAGCCACACAGGAGCCAACAAGAAAAACUUUGGGGCGCCUGGCAGAGUGGACCUAGAAGAUGGCCCACUCAAGUCACGUGAGCAUUAAACACAAACGAAGUCUUCAACAAAGACGUAGCGAGAGCGUGAAUGAAUAUGAAAAUGCAGAUGACUUUGAAGAAGGUCGCCAUCUGAAGGUCGCUGUCUCCCACAAGGGCCUGUCCGUGACCUCACUGGUCAAUGAGGACAGGAGGAAGAGGGACCUCUUUGAGAGGGACUUGGCCAGAGUCAUUAAUGCCAACUUUAACCCCAUCACCAACAAACAACAGAGGGCGACACAUCUGGAGAAGUGGAACCGUUUGAAAAAUUUGGGGCAGACGACGGAAUCUUCUCAUCAGGACGUCGCCUCGUUUCUGGAGCAGACUCGAAAAUUGGCGAGAGAAGAUACCUACACGGCCUUCCGGACCUGCAAACUUCCGGUGCUAGUCACAACCCCUGUCUGCGUGGUGCAGCCGACCUUGCUGACGUCACCAAAAGACGACCCCAACAAGCUGGGGGUGGGGCUGGACGGGACAGCAAAAGUUUCUUUCCGCAUGUCUUCAAACUCGAGCAGAGGUCACGGGCAAGCAUCCCAGGUCCCGUUCAGGAGCCCGAGACGUGAACCCUACCACGCCUCCCCUUGGACGUUCGACGAACGCAAGUGUUUCUUCACCACCCGGAUCAUCCCGCCCCACCAGAGACGCGAGACGCCCAUCACCCUAGAGCGGAACGUCGUAGAGGUCGACUCCGGCAAGAUGUUGUCUACAGUCUUCACGCCCAUUCUCAAGAGCAAAUCCCAGAUGUCCAAAAGCAUGAUGUAG